AUGUCAAUGAAAUCGAUUUUGAUCAAUCUCAACUCAACCAAAGAUAUAACUUUAUUGAACCAAUUUCCAAAUAUCAAAGAGUUACAUAUAGAUAAUUCAGAUUCUUUUCCAAACCGUGUUGUUCCUCCAACAAGAAUCAAAAAACUGAUUGGAUGUCUUUCAGAAAAGAUUUCCUUUUUCCUAAAGAUCAAUCAAUCAAUUGAAACUUUUAAAUCUCUGCUCCUGGAUGACCAUACAGACCCCAAUUCAAUGGUUUGUGAUUUAACUGAUGCAAACCAUAUUAGAAAUCUAAUCCUUCAAACUAGUUUAAAUACUUCCAAUAAUUUAUUAUCUUAUCCAAAUUAUAAACUUGAAUCUAGUGUCUCUAAAUUUUCUUACCAAGAAUUUACUACAUUAUAUCUAAAAAGAAUAAAACAAUAA